CUGAUAGGCGGCACUGAUAGGUGACACUGAUGAUGGGUACUGAUAGACGGCACGGAUGGCAUCACUGCUGGGCACUGACUGGCAGCACUGCUGGGCUGCACUGGUGGGCGGCACUGGUGGGCAGAACCUGCGGGUGGCACUGCUGGGCACAGAUCAUCAGGGCACUGAUCAUCAGUGCCCUGAUGAUCGGUGCCGAUCCCCGCUCUGACAACUGCCGGUUCUCGGCAGUACUUUCCUCACGAUCUGACAGCGUGAGGAAAGUGCAGCCGAGAACCGGCACUUGCAUUUCCCUCUGAUCAGCG